CCCUCACACGGGGCAUGCGGGAAGGAGCGGAACCCUGUCCCUGACGGCGGACGCGGGCUGAGGGGGCCCGUCCAUCCCGGGGAAGAGCCGGCUCUGGAGGUCCGGGCAGGGAGGCCGGUGUCUCCCUAGCGGGGACCCUCACCCCGCUUCCCUCCUCUCGGUACGGCUGAGCCAGGCGACGGCCGCUCCGGGCCGGGGCUGGCGGGAGGCGGCGGCGCCCCUCAGCCCGCGGCGCUCCCGGGGGGGCGGGACGGGGAGCGCCGUCCGGGGCCGCGCCGAGGGGGGGAGGAGGCGCUCCCGCGCUCGCUCCCGUCCGCCGCCGCCGCCCGCCGCCGAGCGAAGGGCCCCGCCAGCCCCUCAGUUUCACAUCCUUGAACGUCCCUGUCUUUCUUGAAGAUGAAGAAAAUGAUCGCAUGCUUCUUUCUGCUAUUUGGACAUACUCUGCUUUCCACUGUCUCUGUCAUGGCAAAAGAUCUCCCUGGAGGACACUUCACCCGAAGAAGGGAUGUUAACUCACAAUCUCUACUAGAAAAUACUUGCAACAACAAACAUCUGGACCUUGUCUUCAUCAUUGACAGCUCUCGCAGCGUACGUCCUUACGACUUUGAAAAAGUUAAGGAGUUCAUUUUAACCAUCUUGCAGUUUCUGGACAUCAGUCCUGAUGCCACCCGCGUAGGUCUGAUUCAGUACGGCAGCACUGUCAAACAUGAGUUUUCACUGAAGACAUUCAGGAGGAAGCAGGAUAUUGAAAGAGCAGUGAAAAGGAUGAUGCAUCUGGCAACUGGCACCAUGACUGGACUGGCUCUUCAGUAUGCAGUGAACAUUGCAUUUUCAGAGUCUGAAGGAGCUCGACCUCUGAAGCAGAAUGUGCCCCGAAUUAUUAUGAUAGUAACGGAUGGGAGACCUCAGGAUCCAGUGGCAGAGAUUGCUGCUAAAGCACGUAACUCAGGAAUCCUGAUUUUUGCCAUUGGAGUGGGAAGAGUAGAUAUGAACACGCUGAAGUCCAUUGGGAGUGAACCACAUGAAGAGCAUGUGUUUCUGGUUGCUAAUUUCAGUCAGAUUGAAACACUGACCUCUGCCUUCCAGACUAAACUUUGUGUGCACCAUAUGUGCAGUAUAGUUGAGCAUCGCUGUGAUCACUUCUGCAUAAACACCCCUGGCUCCUAUGUAUGCAGAUGUAAACAAGGAUACAUUCUGAAUGCUGACCAGAAGACUUGCAGCACUCAGGACCUUUGUGCUGUGGAGAAACACGCCUGUGAGCAGAUUUGUGUGAACAUACCUGGGUCUUACGUCUGUCAGUGUUACGAAGGGUAUGAGCUUGAUGCAAAUGGAAAGAAUUGUGUUGUUGUAGACUACUGUGCUUUGGAUAACCAAGGUUGCCAACAUGAAUGUGUUAACACUGAGGACUCCUAUUACUGUAGAUGCCACCCAGGGUUCAUUUUAAAUCCAGACAAAAGAACUUGCAGAAGACCAGACUAUUGUGCUCUUCAGGACCAUGGCUGUGAACAGGAGUGUGUUAAUACAGAUGAUUCUUAUUUCUGUCAAUGCCAAGAAGGGUUUAGACUUAACCCAGAUAAGAAAACAUGCAAAAGAGUGGACCACUGUGCUGAAAGCAAUCAUGGCUGUGAGCAACUGUGCCUAAAUACUGAUGGCUCCUAUGUCUGUCAGUGCUCUGAAGGAUUUGUCAUCAAUGACGACCUAAAAACCUGCACACGAAUUGACUAUUGUGCUCUGAGUGAUCAUGGCUGUGAACAUUUGUGUGUAAGUGGUGACAGAUCUUACACUUGUCAGUGUUUUGAAGGAUACAGGCUUCGUAAUGAUGGGAAAACGUGUAAACGUAAAAAUGUCUGCAAAUCAGUCAACCAUGGCUGUGAACAUAUUUGUGUUAGUGCUGACAAUUCCUACACCUGCAAGUGUCGUGAGGGUUUCAUACUGCGAGAAGAUGGCAAGACGUGCAGAAGACUGGAUGUCUGCAAAUCAGUCAGCCAUGGCUGUGAGCAUAUUUGUGUUAAUGAAGAUGACUCGUACGUUUGCAAGUGUCAUGAGGGUUUCCUGCUGAGAGAAGAUGGAAAAACAUGCAGAAAUAAAGACAUUUGCAGUUCAGUUGACCAUGGCUGUGAACAUGUUUGUGUUAAUGCUGAUGAGUCCUACAUCUGCCAGUGUUACGAGGGAUAUGCACUUAGGGAAGAUGGAAAAACAUGUAGAAAUAAAGACGUUUGCAAUUCUAUUGACCAUGGCUGUCAGCAUGUUUGUGUGAAUACUGAUAGUUCAUACAUUUGCCAGUGUUAUGAGGGUUUUGAAUUGAGGCAAGAUAAGAAAACAUGUAAAAAUAAGGACAUCUGCAAAUCAGUCAGUCAUGGCUGUGAACAUCUUUGUGUUAAUAAUAACGAUUCAUACACUUGCCAAUGCCAUGAUGGAUUUGUACUAAGGCAAGAUGGGAAAACAUGCCGAACCAAGGACAUUUGCAAAUCAGUCAACCAUGGCUGUGAACAUGCUUGUGUUAAUGCUGGUGAUUCAUUUGUUUGUAAGUGUCAGGAGGGAUUCCUGCUAAGAGAAGAUGGAAAAACAUGCAAAAAUAAAGAUCUUUGCAAAUCAGUCAAUCAUGGCUGUGAACAUGUUUGUGUUAAUACUGAUGAUUCGUAUAUCUGCCAAUGCCAUGAUGGGUUCCUACUGAGAGAAGAUGGGAAAACCUGCAGAAAUAAAGAUGUUUGCAACUCAGUCAACCAUGGCUGUGAACAAGUUUGUGUGAAUACUGGGGAUUCCUACAUCUGCAAGUGUCAUGAAAAAUUCAUACUGAAGGAAGAUGGAAAGACAUGUAGAUAUAAAGAUGUUUGCAACUCAGUUGAACAUGGCUGUGAACAUAUUUGUGUUAAUACUGAUGAUUCCUAUAUCUGCAAGUGUCAUGAGGACUUCAUACUGAGGGAAGACAGGAAAACUUGUAGGAGUAAAAAUAUCUGCAAAACAGUCAACCAUGGUUGUGAACAUGUCUGUGUUCCAACUGGCGAUUCAUACACGUGUCAGUGUCACAAGGGAUUUGUAUUGAGGCGAGACAAGAAAACAUGCAGGAAUAAAGACCUGUGUAAAUCCAUUGACCAUGGCUGUGAACAUGUGUGCGUUAAUAAUAACACUUCAUACAGCUGUCAGUGCCAUGAGGGUUUUGUCCUGCGACAAGAUGGGAAAACAUGUCGAAAUAAAGAUGUCUGCAAAUCAGUUGCCCACGGUUGUGAACAUAUUUGUGUUAAUAAUGACGAUUCAUACAUCUGCAAAUGCCGGGAGGGAUAUGUACUAAAAGAGGAUCAGAAAACAUGCAGAACAUGCACUGAAGGCCCAGUUGACCUGGUGUUUGUGAUUGAUGGAUCAAAAAGUCUUGGAGAGGAUAAUUUUGAAAUUGUAAAACAAUUUGUCUCGGGAGUCUUGGAUUCACUUGAGAUUUCACCCAAAGCUGCUCGAGUUGGUUUGCUUCAGUAUUCCACUGAAGUUCGCACGGAGUUUACAUUAAAGCAGUUCAGCUCAGCCAGAGACAUGAAGAAAGCUGUAUCACAAAUGAAAUACAUGGGGCGAGGUUCCAUGACAGGACUGGCUCUGAAGCAAAUGUUUGAGAGAAGCUUCACAGAAGCAGAAGGAGCAAGACCAUUUUCAGCAAAUGUCCCUCGAAUCUCCAUUGUGUUUACAGAUGGACGAGCCCAAGAUGAAGUCUCCGAGUGGGCUGCUAGAGCAAAGCGAAGUGGUAUAAUUAUCUAUGCCAUCGGAAUAGGAAAAGCAAUUGAGGAAGAACUGCUGGAAAUUGCUUCUGAGCCAUCAUAUAAACAUCUCUUUUAUGCUGAGGACUUCACUGCUAUGGAGGACAUAAGUGAAGAGCUAAGAGUCCAAAUUUGUGAAGCCUUGAAAGAGUCAGCUCACCAGCAGGAUCCGUCAACUGGGAGGCUUCGUAAGACUGGUCCACAGCCUUCAGGACCUGAAUCAACCACAAUAGCCAUCACAGAUGUCAUUGCCUGUCCCAAUCUUGCAAUACACCACAAGUAUCUUUUUGAAGACAGUCACACUCACUCAACAAGCACAACAGGAAAAGCUUCAAAAGAUAAAGACCAGUGCAAAUGUGAAAACCUUGUGACGUUCCAGAACUAUGCAACCAAUGAAGUAAGAAGACUUACCCAGCGAUAUAUCCUUUCAGAAUAAUUUUCUUACAUGUAAGGCAGGAGGGUAGGUUCAAAGAAAUUAUAAUUACACUGCAUCAAGUCUAAGGUGUCUCCAUAGCUCAAAUCAAUCUACUGUAAUAAAAAUCUGAACUACUUAAUAGAUAAUCUCCAAGAAGCAAGGCUUUUAAGACCUUGAAGAAGACCUAGAAGAGACCAAAAUAUUAAUAAGGAUCUUCUAAUAAUCCCUAAGAUUAUGCCCUUCAGGGGCAGCAAAGAAAUGACUGGUCAAAUUCAAGAAUAACACCUCUUUGCUUUGGGUUAUUUCUUCAGAUGGUAUCAACAUAGCACCUACUGGCUACAGGAGUCAGAAUACAGGAGAUGUUUCCCUUCUGAAGUGCUUGGAGAAACACCAGAUGCAGGCAGUCAUUUAAAACACUACUGCAAAUGAAGAGGAAUUCAGAGGACUCAGGUCUGAUGAAUUUUGCAUUAAAAAAUACGCAGAUAAAAAUGAGUUAAGUGCAGAUCUGUAGCUUUGCCCCCACCCCCCCCAAGUUAGCCUGUCUUUUCAAGGGAGCUGUUAGCACAGUAGCCUUUACACUAUCUGUAACAUCCACCAGAUGUCUCAGGAGACAGCAGCAGCAACAAAUUGGCAAUACAACUUUCUGCAAUAUUUUGCAUCACAGAGUUAUUUAUGCAGCAAAUUCCUGUGUUUUCUUCAUGAAAGCUACUUCUGCCUAAUCAAAUAAACAGUAAGAAGACAUCACAUCUAUUUAAGUUUUCUGUGUGCAAGAUCAGUAAGCACUUACUUUCUGCACAGAAGAGUGCAGUGAUACCAACAGCUCAUAGCUGUGCGCUUCCUAGACAAGAACAGCUUCAGACUGAGGAACCUACGGAGGCUACAGUCUGUCCAGAGUCAGGCUCACAGAGCCCCCAGCGGUCGUGCCAUCAGGCAACACCGCCAAUGGCUCCAUUAACCUGAUGUAAAACAUUGCGUACCGGUUCAGACCUUACCUCCAGCUCUUUUGUGUAACUGCAGCAGCCAGUGUCACUGUACCUCCCACCUUCCCAAGUGACUCCUUCAGCAGGGAGCUCAAGGAAUCAUGUUCUGAUCACUCGAUUAAUUUUGAAUUAUUCUACACAAAGGAGAAUUACUUCAUAAAUGGGGAGAAAACCAUUGCAUAAGGUUACUGCUAGGUGCUUCAAAUGCUCAUCGACAUUUAUACUUCUCUGCAGGGACUUCUCCAAGUCUGCAAGUGACCUCAGAGAAAAAUCUCUAGGUCAUUUCCCACAUCCUUAAGAGCGUUAUCCAGACACACACAGUUCCAACCUAGAUGCUGACAAGAAAGAAGGCCAAUUCUUCCCCCUUCAGCAGAAGCUUUACUGUUAUCUCCUGCAGCUAGGCUGUAAGCCUAGACUCUGAGCAUACUAGAACCAAAGAAAACAGAGCUUAGCAGCAUGUGCGUUUUUUGCUUUACAAUUUGAGCAGGCAAUCCUGUGAUUUGGAGAGUCUAUGAAGACUCAUGGUGACGGAAAAGCUGCUGACACUGAGCAAGACCUAUGUAUUUUGAUAGCAGUGCCAAAUACUUCACCAGAGCACUGUGCAACCAUUGCUAUGAACAGAGGAAGAACUAUGCAGUCUCCUCUCCAUUACAAGCCGCAUUUCUCUGCCUUAUCUGAAGAGCAGCUCAGAUACUGAGUGACAUAGCAGUUCUUGUUAAGUGCCAAAGACUGCUGGACAGUCCCCAUCCCAGGGAUCUGGGGGGAGAGGGAGAACUGGCUACAGAACUAGCUCCAGUUACAGAAUUUAGAGGGACCAAUCCAAACUGCUGAUGAUUUGUAUCCAGUUACAUUUAUUUUUUUUCUGUCCAUAGAUGAAUGCAGUUUCUACUGCUUGAACUUUGUCACUGUAAACACCUGAGAAACACUGACAUUGCACAGAAACCAGCUCAAAUGAUGCUGGCAUGCAUAUGGUAAUCCCUUCUGUAUGACAGUUGAGGAAUUACAAAACAUAAGCCUGAUGUACAGGUCAGUCCCCACAAAAGCAGAUGCAGGACUCCUGCUCUUGCUCCAUACGAGCAAGAGGAUAGCUGUUCCUGCUCUGAGUAUAACAUGGAGUGGGGGGUGGGCAGCGCAUGGCUGUUCUGGCCAAAUUCACAGGCUGAAUUCAGUUUGCCCACCUACCCUAACCAAUUUCCAACAGGCCCUUGUCAAAAAUCCCACUUUCAUAUAGCCAGUUCUUCCUUUUACCUUGUGUAAGGCCUUAAGAUGUUGAAAUCAAGACACUAGACAUGCAAGCAGAGCGGUAGUCCUUUUAAGGUGGGCCACUGUGCCUUCACUUCUCUCUUGAUGCCAGGUCCCCUCUUCCUCUCUGGUUCCCCUAGCUCCAGCCCUACCACCGCUCUUGGAGAGGUGGUCAGAUAAAUGGUACCAAUCCAACCUCCUCCUGCAGCAGACACAGAACGCCUGGCAGCUGGAGGUGCUUAUCGGGAACAUGAUGCUGUACACUGCUUUGCAUAGCUACUUCUUACUGUCACUGGUGCCAGCCAGAGGUCCCUUGGAGCUUGCUGCACCCUAUUCCACAUCUGUCUGGAAACCACUAGCUUUGUUAAAAUAGUAUCCUAUGCUACACCACCACAGGACGGUCAUGAAGCUGCUAUGGUUUUACAAUCUAUUGUUAGCUUACACAUAGUUUUCCCUGUGAUUAAGUGAAACAUUUUUAAACAUCAUUAACUAGGAUAAACAUUUAGCUUCCCUUUGAAAUAAAGGAAAAUGGCCAGUUUUCAGAACUACCAGCCUUCUGAUUAAGCUGCAGCCUGAACUCCAUGUUGAGGUAUGCCUGUUAAUGAAGAGGGCUUCACACAGCUUUCUGAACUCAGCUGAUCAAAGCAGAGUAAGAAAAUACAAGGGAGUGUUGUAUCAGAAACUACUGAGAGUCAGAGGGUAACUAAGAGAAACGAGCUUAUGGACCAUAGCAAUCAGGCACCUGACACAGUUCUUCUAUGAAUACAUGCUAUCUAUCAGUAGCUCUCUUUCCUUAACUUUUACUACUAGAAGAAAUGACGAAGAGAAUGGAAGACUUGGAAAACAGACUAAAAUACUGAUCAAAAUUUGAAGUGUAUACUACACUGUAUAUUUAUACAUACAACUUGUCAGAGCUAUUUUCUUAAACCGGUUCAAAGUAAAAUAACAAACCCUUGUGUCUGAAGUUGAAAAGACUGUUUUGGAUCCCUGCAUCUAUAUCCUUUGUGUUCUGUCUUGCGUUGAUUGCCAAUAAGAAAUACUGAAAACAUUAUAUAAACAAUUUAGUAACUAGCAACUAAAUGACUGAAAUAAGCUACGCAAAAUAAUAAAAUGCUGUUAUUUUUUGA